CGGCCCAGGAGCACAGGGGCGCGAGCACCCCCGGCCCUGGAGCCCUCCCCGGAACCCGCCCCCGCGCGGCCCCACGUCGCCCAGGGAGCGCGCCUCGCCGCGCGCGCCCCUGCCCGCGCCCGCGGCGCGUGCCCGCCCCGGUGCAGCCCCUCCUCCCCGCUGUGUUUAUUAGGGGAAGGAGGGCGGAGGCGGAGGCCAGUUCCCCAGCUCCAGCCGCCGCCGCCGCCGCCGUCCGUGCUGUUGCAGCAGCGGCCGCCUCCCGCCAGCUCGCCCCGGGAAAGAGAACGCGCGCGAGCUCGGGCGUCCCCGCCCCAGCCUUUCCCGGAGCCAUGAAUCCCAACUGUGCCCGGUGCGGCAAGAUCGUGUACCCCACGGAGAAGGUGAACUGUCUGGACAAGUUUUGGCAUAAAGCAUGCUUCCAUUGCGAGACCUGCAAGAUGACACUGAACAUGAAGAACUACAAGGGCUAUGAGAAGAAGCCCUACUGCAACGCACACUACCCCAAGCAGUCCUUCACCAUGGUGGCUGACACCCCGGAAAACCUUCGCCUCAAGCAACAGAGCGAGCUCCAGAGUCAGGUGCGCUACAAGGAGGAGUUUGAGAAGAACAAGGGCAAAGGCUUCAGCGUGGUGGCAGACACACCUGAGCUCCAGAGAAUCAAGAAGACCCAGGACCAGAUCAGUAAUAUAAAGUACCAUGAGGAGUUUGAAAAGAGCCGCAUGGGCCCCAGCGGGGGCGAGGGCAUGGAGCCGGAGCGCCGGGAUGCCCAGGACAGCGGCAGCUACCGGCGGCCCCCAGAGCAGCAGCCCCACCAUAUCCCGACCAGUGCCCCGGUUUACCAGCAGCCCCAGCAGCAGCCGGCGGCCCAGUCCUAUGGUGGCUACAAGGAGCCUGCGGCCCCCGUCUCCAUACAGCGCAGCGCCCCGGGCGGCGGCGGGAAGCGGUACCGCGCCGUGUACGACUACAGCGCCGCCGACGAGGACGAGGUCUCCUUCCAGGACGGGGACACCAUCGUCAACGUGCAGCAGAUCGACGACGGCUGGAUGUACGGGACGGUGGAGCGCACGGGCGACACGGGGAUGCUGCCCGCCAACUACGUGGAGGCCAUCUGAGCCCCGGGCGCCCCCACCUCGCCUCCUGGGCGUGACCCGUCCACCCCUCAGUGUCUGUUUUUUAAAAUCCGCGACAGCUUGUGAUUCCCACCCCUUCUCCAGCUUCUUUUGCCAACUGAAGCCUUCUUCUGCCACUUCCGCGGGCUCCUUCGUCCAGCAGGUUUUCCCCUUGACCGACCUCCUGGUUUCUCUCUGGAUGGGACAGGCGCGGGCCUCUCUGGGGCAGGCCGAGGCCGGGCUGGGAAGGGGGACCCGUUGGCUCCCCGGCCUCCCCUGCCUCCGUCUUCUCCCCGCCUCAGCCUCCUGCCCAGCCCCUCACACACCCACACAUUCCAGGGCUGGGCGACCGCCACACUCCCAGGGCCCCAGGGCCGGGC